CAUUUUUGUUGGGGAAGUAUCCCAACAAAACUGCAUGUUCUUUUCUUCUGUUAUGCAAGGGUUCUGUGCGAGAUCUGGACUCAUGAUUAAUUAUGAGAAGUCUAAAGUCCUCUUCUCCAAAAAUGUUCAUGCUCAGACUAGGGAUACCUUAGGCUUUUUGUUGGGUCUCCCACAAACCUCAUCUCUUGGUAAGUAUCUUGGUAUUCCUAUUACUGCUAAGAAGCUUAAGCAAGCUUAUUACAAUUUUAUCCUGGAUAAAGUUUGCUCUAAGCUUGCUAGUUGGAAAGUUAAGUUCUUCACUAUGGCUGUUACCCAACCUAAAUCUUAUGGUGAGCUGGGUAUUAAGGCAGCUAAGGAAGCUAAUCUGGCUGCCAUGUGCAAGCUUAAUUGGCGUAUUCAUAUUGAAAAGCACGCCUUGUGGAACUGUGUACUGUCUACCAAAUAUCUAAUUAACAAUUGCAAGUUCCAAUAUCCGAAUCACUGCUCCCCUGUCUUGCAUAAUAUUAAAAAAGGUAGCACUCUAUUUUAUGAAGGCCUCAAGUGGAUUCCUAGAGACGGUAGACUUAUCUCCUUUUGGAAUGACACUCGAGUUGGUCAUAGGCCUCUUAACUCCAUUUUAAGUGGCCCUCUGCUUGAAACAGACUGUUCUUUGCUUGUUUUUGAUUGUUUUUCACAAGGUCAGAUUAUUGACAGAGCUAUUUCUUAUGACUUGCCGCCUUCUAUUGUUCAGGCCAUUAAAGCUAUCCCUUUAUCUUCGUUUGAUUCUGGAUUUGAUCAAUUCGCAUGGAAAUCUAGUGCCAAUGGCUCCUUCUCUUCCUCCUCAGCUUACUGCUUAGCCAAGAAGACUUCUCUUGGCCCGGAUCAAGACUGGUCUUGGAUUUGGAAGGUUCACACCUUACCAAAAAUCCAGUACUUCAUCUGGUUGCUUUGCCACAAUAGGAUUAAAACUUUGGGGUAUCUUAAUAGUAUUGGUAUUACCAACUUCUCUAAUUGUCCUCUCUGUUCUCUUAAUACUGAAACUGCAGCUCACUUGGUCCGAGAUUGUCCUAUUUCUUGUGCUAUUUGGGAUGCAUUGUUUCCGGGAUUGACUUCCCAUCGGAUUAUGGAUUCCCCAUUGGUUGGAAAAUAAUAUAUAUAGGAAUUAUGAAUGGUCAUAGUUGUGAUAGUGCAUUCUCCAAGAUAGCUUCUUCUUCUUCUUCUUCUUCUUUCCCUUUCCUUUUUUUUUUUUUUUUUUUUUGAGAAUCAAAAUCUUUGGAUAUUCUCGUUUUGCACUUGUGUGGACUCUAUGGGGGAGGUGGGGUUUCAAAUCAUAUCUGUUUUAAAUUAAGAUUGAUUGGUGAGGAUAGAAUGUUUGAAUUUUUAUCAUGAUGAGGUCUUAUCAUGGGAUUAUUGGUAGAAGUGGAGCUAUUAACUUUUCUUUCUCUGAUUGGUUUGGAACUGUAAUCCUUGGAGGUGAGUAAAUUCUUUGACAAUUUGUGGCUGACUCUUGCCCUGCUCCAAAUGCCCUGUUUUUGGACGAAUGAACUGAGUUUUUUAAU